AUGGAGAAAGAGGAUUUAAGCAAUUUCGGAUUAGUAUCUAAUCCUAGUAAGUCUGUAUUAAAUUCUGAUCACCAAUCAACAGAAAGAGCUUCUUUUAGGUUCCAUGAAAUCCAAGUCAAAGAACUUGAUGAGGUUAUUGAAAAGCAGGCAGUUCUAGAUGAAUCAAACUUACUGAUGCCAAAAGAACAGAGAAAAGAAAUGGAAGCUUUGACUAAGGCCAGUAAUUCUGAAAGUCAUAUGAACUGUGGAGCUGAUAAGACAAAACUUGAUUAUACAGGGACAGAUCAUCUACAAGAUAUUCAUAAUAUGGAAGAGCCCAGUUUCAUCCCAAAAUGUGAUGUGAAGAUAGUUUAUUCAAAAGAUUUUGAUGAACAAAAUGAAGUAUUGACUACAUCUCUCAAAGAGGAUCCAUGUAUUGGAGAUGUUGGUGACCAGAAUGAAGAUCAGAGUAAAACUUCUGAGAAAGAUGUUGAACUUGUAAAUAUUUCUCCUGUAAAUCAGUGUGUUUUAAGUCGAGAACUUGACUUGAAGGAUGGUACAAAAUGUCAUUCAGGAGUAGAUAUGUCAAAAGACAACCUUGAAAUUUCUGCAAACCAGAUUUAUUCAAAUAUUAAAAGCAUACAUAAAACUGGUGAAGUACAACUGGAGAUUACAACUCAUGAUACAGAAGAUUGCUAUAACAUCAGUUCAAAUGAACAUUCCUUAAGUAAUGAAAAGUUUCAACAGCAUUUAAUUUCAUCUUCAGCAAUGAAACCAGACUUAUUGGUUGAUAAACAGAUUUCAGAACAUUCGAAUGAAGAUUGUUCAGAAACAAUGGAAGUUUCAGGAUGUGUUGUUAAGGCUACUGAAGGUGAGAACCAUUAUGGAAAGGCUCCAUUACUUAAGAAAGAAUGCCAGGAAGUCCAAGGGGGUAAUGUUGCUGUCAUGCAAAGCAUUACUGCUUAUCGAGAUGUGAAAACUGCAGAUUGGUCUUGUGAUAGUGAGAGUGAUAGUCAUUCUCCUUCUGUUAUAAGCACAUCUUCCUCUUCAUCAUCUUCUGAAGAUUCAAGUGAUGAUGAAAGCUCUUCUUCAACCAGUUCCCCUGAAAGGAACAAGUGUGCUGCAAAACAGUCCUAUGCUACAUGUAAUGCUCACCUAGAAGAACAGAAGAAAAGGCUAGAGGAAGAGAAUAAAAAAAGAAAGGAGCAUAGAUAG